AUGACUCCUCAAUCGAAACUUGGUGGGGAAGCCCUUGUGGCAAACUUGACAAACAAAGGGGAAGUUGCCAUUGUGACUGUACAUGUGGCGUCUGAGUUGACCUGGUGUCAAGAAGCCUGCUCUACAUUCGAUGCACACAUGACUGAGAAUCUGGAGAGAGAGAGUACACUUGACACCGGAGCCCCAACAUCCUCGGAGAGAUAUUGUGCAUUGGUAUUGUUGAGGGGUGUGGAAGAAGAAAUUGGUGGGGUAGGCAGAGACCUCUCUCGAGACGACGUGGGCGUUAAAUCAAUGUGA